AUGACGUAGAGGAGGGCCCGAAUAUCGUUCAUCAUGCGGCAUAAGUAUAUAAACGACCGCGGCGAAUGGAAAGUCAUCAGUUACUUGCACUCAUCGCAUCAUAAAACAUUCGUCCGAAAAUGGCUUUCAAAAUCGUGGUGCUGUUUGCAGUUCUCGCCGUCGCCAGUGCCGGUGUAGUCCCAUUGCAAGAACUACACACUUCCUAUCAUCAACCCGCACAAAUCGCUACUUACCAUCAGGCUCAGCCAACCCUCCUGAAGACUAUUGCUCAACCAACCCUCGUCAAAACCAUUGCUCAACCAACUCUGGUGAAACACGUCGAACUGGAGGACGAUCAUGACGCUCAGUACGAAUUCUCUUACGGUAUUCAUGAUGAACACACCGGAGAUAUCAAGAGCCAGCAGGAAAGUCGCCAUGGAGAUCAGGUCCAUGGACAGUACAGCUUGAUCGACUCGGAUGGACACAAACGCACCGUUGAGUACACCGCUGACGAUCACAAUGGAUUCAAUGCCGUGGUUCACCGUGAACCAACGGACAUCAAAAUCCCGCAGCCAGUGACUAAAGUGAUUGCUCAACCAACCUACAUUUCGGCCGCCCCGGCUCACUACCACGAGCAUGCUCCCGCCACUGUGAUCAAAACUGCUGGACUUUCACACUACUGAAAAGCCAAACAGCCGCCAAUCGUUCUAGGAUAAGUUAUGAGUAAAUAAAUCGUGAUCCCAUCAUGAGUAGGAUAAAAGUACAAAAUAAAUGUUAUUAUGAACAAAUCAAA